GGCGGUGGACGUUGAGAGACUUGCACUCUUCACUGAGCACCAGCUACACACUUCUGGGUCUUUUGGUUUCAGAAGCAGUGGGAAGUGAACGGGAGAAGUUCACAGAGCUAGCGAGCUGACAGUAAUAGAACAACCAUCAGGCCGAAAACGAAUGAAACUAUAAGAUGCUUAACCUGGACGCGGACUUUGAAAAAAAAAACAAAAAACCGACAUACCGGAAGUACAUUCACGUGUUUGUAGUCCAUCGGAUCACGCAUCUAUCCUGAAGCAGCUGUCCGCUUCAUCCUCCUCCUCCUCCUCCUCCACCAAAUGAUUAUGGAGCUCGUGCAGUGCUUCGUCAGCACACGAGCCACGUCUCUCCGUUUCAGCUCGCGCUCUACGCCCGCAGUAGACGGCAGGUAGCCGGGCAGGUGGUGCUGCGACAUGCCGUCUGACGUGGAGUACAGCCCGGUGGGAGAGGGGCUGGGGAUGCGGGACUACUGGCUGUAUGUGUGGCUGCGGAGGGCGGCGGUGAUAGCGGCUCACGUCACCGGCCUGGGCCUGAGCCUCAUCAUCUCCCUGCUGUCCAGACCCGGAACCAGUCUGUUUUCCUGGCAUCCAGUGUGCAUGUCUGUUGCAUACUGCCUGUGUAUGACUGAAGGCAUCCUCCUCUUCUCGGCCGAAGGAUCCCCCUUUUGCUUCAAAUCAAGGAAGUGUAAGGUCCGUCUCCACUGGUUCUGUCAGGCACUGGUCCUGAUAGCUGCGGCCACUGGCCUGGGCUUCAUGUUGGCCAGCAAGAACGUGUCAGAGCUCCCCCACCUGGUCACCUGGCACAGUUGGUUGGGUGUCAGCACCUUGGCUGCCACUGUGAUCCAAGCAGCUUGCGGUAUCUGCAUGAUCUUCCCUAAGCUGCUGCGUCUGUCCUCCUCCCCGCUGAGGCUGAAGAUGUACCACGCCACCUGCGGCCUCGUGGUUUACCUGCUGGCCACGGUGACCGUGGUGUCGGCCAUGUUCUCAGACUGGUUCCAGGCCACGGUGAAAGGGGUGGCCUGGUGGGGCUUCCUCCUGCUGCCCCUCUUCCCUGCUCUGGUGGUGAUGAACCAGAUCACUAAUGCCUACCUUCCCCGCAAGAAGAUCACCAGCUAGGAAGCACAAAACGCGAGGCAGAUGGUCUUUGUGCUCUCAGGGGCCAUGUGGGAUCUACAUUGUACUCAGAGGCCAGGGACAGACACAUGGAAGCAAAAGCCCCCCCCUAAAGUAGCCUUUGAAGAUAAAAUAACUGAAGCAGUCCCACAGAGAGUAGAAGAACAUUAAAACAUGGAUAUGCAUUUAUAUAACAACCUUCUGGUCCUCUGAUGACUCAUAGGGCUUUUAACCACAUAUCAACAUUUACACGCUGAUGGCAGAGCUGCCAUGGAAGGUGCCACCCACUCAUCAGAUUCUAAACUAAUCAUGCACUCACACAUUGAUGAUUAAGGCUCAGUAUCUUCCACUCAUGUGAAUGUGCAAAGUCAUUGUAGCAGUCUGAACCUAAGUUACAGUUUGUUGUAUCUUUGUUGUGUGGGCAGCAAGCUAGCAGCUGUGUUUUAGUGUGGAGAGCUACCCUAAAUAUUCCAUUUGAUAAAUUAAUUAAGUGAUAAAUACGUUCAUAAUGUAGUUAAGUCAUUUUAGGAUACAACAUAUAAACAUAUACAGAAUGCAUUACUAGGUUGUGUGCACAAUCUAAAGAAUGUUUCCUCAGAGCCAGCUCCUAGUGGCCAGUAGAAGAACUGCAGCUUUAAACACUAACCCGUCGGCAUCUUUGACUCCUGCUGAAAUAAGAAACACAAAGACAUUUUCAAAGAAUCUAAUGACUCUAUGCACAAUAUGGGGAUUACCAAAAUGUAUACACACAUGGGAGAGGACAGUGGGGUACGGUCACUGAUACAAACUACUGAGGAAUAUUUGCACUACUUAUACAGUAACAAGACAGUGUGUAUAGACUGGAUUCUGAAGGGCUGUACAUGUGAGGACACAGCUUCAGUGAUGAAGGUGUUCUGUGGAUGAUUAUAUACCAGCCUGUUUAUUCUAUUUAUUUAUUAAUUUAUGAUACUUGGUGUUGUGUCUUUCUCUAUGUUUUUAUCAUACUAAAGGGGCAAUAAAAGACACUCUGAAUAUUAAUAUAGCAGCAAACAACUAUUAGCUGUGUAAAGGUAUAGUGGCGUAAGGUCUACUUGUGGUUACAGCUGAUAACGCCGUCCUGUCCGACAGCAUCGUCGUGGAAACGUAGCACCCAUCCUCCAGUUCUCCCUCAGAUAAACACUGUUAGCUCUGUCCACAUUUUUGUCUGUUUGUACUGUUAGCGCUGUUAGCACCGUUAGCUACAAGCCGCCGGCUACGGCGCCGCCAUGUUGAGAGCUGUUGAGAGGCAAUAAACACUCUCCCUGCGUAUUAUGCACCAACUAAAUCAAAUGAGGACAUUUAAAGUGGAAGUGUUCACUCGCAGUAACAAACCAACAGAGAAUUAUCACCCAGCUUACAAAGCCUCUUUAUAAACUACAUGUAGCACCUCUGGGUCAUGAGCUACUUGGUAUUUUUGUCUGUGUUUUCUGUCUUUGAAAUGGUUGUUUGCUAGCCAUGCUCUUUGUGUUUUGUUUGCUUUGCUAGUCAAAAGGAAAAAUGAAUGUGUUGCUCUGUCCUUAAAGACCAAAGGCACAAGCUUUCUUCCCGCAAACAUGUCAUCAGUCAACCCAACCAACACUGACCAAACCAAUCCCAUCAUGCUUAUGAGAGCACCGACUUCUGUCCGGUCCGCUAAAUAGCUCUGCAAGAUAGACCUAAAGAUUGUACCAAUAACUGCACCUUUCCAUCCAAUUCAGAACUACAGUUAUGAGCAAAGGUGAAAUGAAUGAAAUCCGUCUUCCUUAUAAAUGAACAUCAGAGGCAGAGUAAUCAGUAAUCCUCACCACAUUGCCCACA